UGAAAGUUGGAUCCAAGGUAAAUACUAAAUGAAUUGCAGAAGGAGAGAAAGCAUUUUUAUAUGAUAUGAUGAAUGUUAUGUAUUCAUGUUUGUACCUUUAAAUAUUUGAGCGGGAAAUCAGCACGUUGCUGAUUGGACGAAGCCUCCAGCAGAACUGUAUAAAAGGAGAGGUUUUUCCCCCAGCCUGUUGCUGGGUUCACCCUAUAUUAAAGAGCUGUUGUCACUACCCUGGUCUCCAGCCUCGUUACUUCCAGAACUUAACAUUGGCGACGAGGAUGGGAUCUCGAGGCUGAGGAGAACCAGAACCGAGCUGAAGCACGAUAGACCCGAACCCAGCAAAUCCAGGGCAGAAAAGCGGAGAUGGCCAGUUACACUCCGCCCGCACCGUUCGACCCGGCUAAGGAGAAAUGGGGAACGUAUAUGACCCGUUUCGAAAGUUUCCUAGAAGCCAACGAACUGCACGGAGUUCCAGACAACCGAAAAAGGGCUUAUUUCUUAAGCCACUGCGGUCCGGAGGUCAUCGACAUCGCGGAAGCCCUGGCAGAGCCAACGCCGUUGCAGUCGGUGUCGUGGCCAACUUUACAGACUUUACUAAGAAACCACUUCGCACCAACGCCGUCCAAAUACGUGCGGCGGUUUGAAUUCGGAGAGCGAAGGCAGAUGGAGGGCGAAUCCAUCGGUGACUACAUGGCCGCCCUAAGAAGAGCGUCCAAGGACUGCGGAUACCGUGACCUAGACGAGGUGCUCCUCGAGCAACUCAUCCGGGGGGUCAAAGACAUCCGUUUGCGGCGACGGCUGCUAGCAAAGAGCAACCUAACGCUAGCCAACGCUCUGGACGAAGCCAGAGCACAUGAAAUGUCCUCCCAAGCGGCAGAGACACUGCAGAGGCCGGUCCCACAAAAGGCGAGCGCGAAGGCAACUCCGGUGCACCAGGAGGAGGUUCAGACCGAAUCCGACGGUGAAGACGAGGAAGGGGUCUGCCGCACCGAGAAACGCGACAAAGGGGACCGAGACGAAUGCGGAAGCUGCGGGGGUCAACACCAGCGCCAACGCUGCAAGUUUAAAGACGCAACAUGUCGGCGGUGUGGGAAGAAAGGGCACCUAGCUCAAGUUUGUCGAGCGGCCCAACCUUCCCGCCGAAAAUUCAAAUCGGCCAAUCAGAGCGCGGAAUCGGCAAGGCGACCCGCGAUUGGCUCAAACAAAAAAGGCGCGGAUUCCAACCAAACAACUGUGGUCAUAGGCCGCGCCUCGACCAAGGUGGAGAAGAAGAUCUUCACCAAGCCAAAAAUAGAGGGAGUACGGUGCCGGCUUGAAGUAGACACGGGAUCAGCGAUCACCAUCAUGUCCUGGGACACUUUGGCGAAGUCGCUGCCGUCCGUCGCGAAGCGCCACCUGCAAGCACAACGGCUACGAGUCCACGACUACCAGGGGAAUCGCAUCCCUGUUCGAGGGACCACCUCCGUCCGAGUCGAGUACGGUCCAUACAAGAAGACCCUGCCCAUCACGAUCGUCGAAGGAACUCUGCCCAGUCUGUUGGGACUAGACUGGUUUCGUGCCCUGGGCAUGGGAGUGACUGGCAUCUACAAAAGUGACUGUAACCUGAAAGACAUUCUCUUUAACGAGUUCGAAGAUGUCUUCAAGGACUGCCUGGCUGACAAUGACCCGGGGGAGGCGCAAGACUUAGCUGAGGUCCCAGAGUUCCAGCGACGCCAUCAGGUUCCCGAGGGAAACAGCUGGGAAAGUCUCAGAAGUAAUCCAAGGCCGGAUGGCCAAGAAAAAGAGUCAGCCCAUAAUCCAGAGCCCGUUGGCUCAGAGAAAGAGCUGGGAGGAGAAAACAGCCCCUCCGACCAGCUCAAAACACCACCCAGAACUGAACCGCGCAGGUCAGAAAGAACUAGGAGACGCCCAGGUUAUUUGCGUGACUACGUCGAAAAAUAACAUGUAAAUAAAUAUGUAAAUAGAGACAAAGUGUUUUCUGGGAGGGAAGGAGUGUUAUGUAUUCAUGUUUGUACCUUUAAAUAUUUGAGCGGGAAAUCAGCACGUUGCUGAUUGGACGAAGCCUCCAGCAGAACUGUAUAAAAGGAGAGGUUUUUCCCCCAGCCUGUUGCUGGGUUCACCCUAUAUUAAAGAGCUGUUGU